CUUGCUGUUGCCAAGACACAUUUACGCGUUGAUUGAAAAAACACGACCCCUCUUCCCUUCUUCAAGUCCGCUCGUCUUCACAUCCACCUCCAUUCUUCCAUCUCCCAAUUUGCUCAAUUAGAGCUUGUUUGUUCACGAUUUUUGAUUUUACGUUGAUUCCUGAUACCCACUUCUUCUUGCUCACACUUCACAUUCAAUCAUCAACAUACAUACACAGCCAUCAUGUAUGUUUUGAAGAGAGACGGACGCAAGGAACGUGUACAGUUCGACAAGAUCACUGCCCGAGUCUCCCGUCUUUGUUACGGUCUCGAUAGCGAACAUGUCGACGCUGCUUCAAUCACCCAGAAGGUGAUCUCUGGAGUGUACCAGGGUGUCACUACCAUUGAGCUGGACAAUUUGGCAGCAGAGACAGCUGCGUACAUGACCGUCACCCACCCGGACUAUGCUAUCCUCGCUGCUCGAAUUGCUGUUAGUAAUCUGCACAAGCAGACCAAGAAGAUGUUCUCCCAGGUCAUCAGCGAUCUCUACCACUAUAUCAAUCCCAAAAACAACCGCCCCUCCCCGAUGAUAAGCGAGCAGACCUACGAGACGGUCAUGCGACACCGUGACGAGCUGAAUGCUGCCAUCAUCUACGACAAGGACUUCAAUUACAACUACUUCGGGUUCAAGACAUUGGAGAGGUCCUAUCUCCUGAGAAUCAAUGGCAAGGUCGCUGAGCGCCCGCAGCACAUGAUCAUGAGAGUUGCAGUCGGCAUUCACGGCGAAGAAAUUGAGAAGGUGAUUGAGACCUACAACCUCAUGUCAUCGAAGUACUUCACGCACGCUUCGCCUACUCUUUUCAAUGCGGGAACUCCUGCGCCUCAGCUGUCGUCAUGCUUCCUGGUGGCCAUGAAGGACGACUCGAUAGAUGGUAUCUACGACACCCUCAAGACAUGCGCCAUGAUCUCGAAGACGGCCGGCGGUAUCGGUCUCAACAUUCACAACAUCCGUGCUACCGGCUCCUAUAUCGCAGGAACCAACGGAAGCUCCAACGGUAUCGUACCCAUGUUGAGAGUGUACAACAAUACCGCGCGCUACGUUGACCAAGGUGGCAAUAAGAGACCUGGCGCUUUUGCUAUCUAUCUUGAGCCCUGGCAUGCGGAUAUUUUCGACUUCCUUGAUCUGCGAAAAAAUCACGGAAAGGAGGAGGUUCGUGCCAGAGAUCUGUUCUACGCUCUCUGGAUCCCAGAUCUUUUCAUGGAGCGUGUUCAGAACAAUGGACAAUGGUGCCUGUUCUGUCCCAACGAAGCUCCAGGAAUGGCGGAUGUGUACGGCGAAGAGUUUGUAGCUCUGUACACAAAAUACGAGAACACACCUGGCCUGCCACGCCACACCGUCAAGGCACAGAAACUCUGGCAUGCCAUCCUCGAGGCGCAGGUUGAGACCGGAGGUCCCUUCAUGCUCUACAAGGAUGCGGCCAACAGCAAGUCCAACCAGAAGAACUUGGGAACCAUCAAAUCUUCCAACCUUUGCACCGAGAUCAUCGAAUACUCCGCCCCGGACGAGGUUGCGGUCUGCAAUCUCGCUUCCAUCGCCUUGCCUACAUAUGUCGAUGUUCAGCGAGAGCAGUACAAUUUCCAAAAGCUACACGACGUGGUCAAGGUGGUUGUCAAGAAUUUGAACAAGAUCAUUGACGUCAAUUACUACCCCGUCGAGGAAGCCAGGCGUGGAAACAUGAGGCAUCGCCCUAUCGGUGUCGGUGUCCAAGGUCUCGCAGACGCCUUCCUUGCGCUUCGCAUGCCUUUUGAGUCGCCAGAAGCCAAACACCUCAACGUCCAGAUUUUUGAGACCAUCUACCAUGCUGCUGUCGAGGCCUCGACCGAGCUCGCUGAGGUGGAAGGGCCCUACUCCACUUACGAAGGUUCACCUGCGUCUCAGGGCAUCCUGCAGUAUGACAUGUGGAACGUCACUCCCACUGAUCUUUGGGACUGGGACGAGGUUAAGGCCAAGGUCAAGAAGCAUGGUCUUCGCAACUCGCUCCUCGUUGCACCCAUGCCAACUGCUUCUACCUCCCAGAUCUUGGGAUUCAACGAGUGCUUUGAGCCGUACACCUCCAACAUAUACUCUCGUCGUGUUCUUGCCGGAGAAUUCCAGAUCGUUAACCCAUGGCUUCUGAAGGACCUUGUGGACAUGGGUUUGUGGAGCGAUGCCAUGAAGAACAGAAUCAUUGCCAGCAACGGCAGUAUCCAGAACAUCACCAACAUCCCCGACGAUAUCAAGGCGCUGUACAAGACUGUUUGGGAAAUCUCACAAAAGACUGUGAUCGACAUGGCGGCCGAUCGAGCUGCUUUUAUCGACCAGAGCCAGUCGCUCAACAUCCACAUCCAGAACCCUACCAUUGGCAAGCUGACCUCCAUGCACUUCCAUGGGUGGAAAAAGGGUCUCAAAACUGGAAUGUACUACCUUCGCACCCAGGCUGCCGCUGCCGCUAUCCAAUUCACUGUCGACAAGGAGGCGCUCAAGGUAGAUGAUACGGCGGUCGCUCGCGCUCUGCCCAAGCGUACCGUUCGCACUUCUCCCCUCGGUUCCUCGGCAGCUGGUGGAGCCAUCCCCCGACCCAUGAUGGCCGCCGCCAGCGGCAACGGGACCCCGGCACUGAAAAGUGUGAUUGUUCCCGCUUCGCCCACGGCCGGCAAGCCCUUUGAAGCGGAUAAGCCCGAAGGCAAGAGCCCUACUCUUCUCGCCACUGACCCCACUGGCCCGCCAGAUGAUGAAGAGCUCGAACUUGAGCGGACCAAGACCCAAGAGGAGGACAAGAAGGCCGACAGUGCUGACCGCGAGGUUGACAUCUACGCCGAUGCUGUUCUGGCUUGCAGUAUCGCGAAUCCCGAAGCUUGUGAGAUGUGCUCUGGUUAGGCUACGGAUUUUUGUUAGCUGCGUGAUAAUGUGAAGUAGAGAGCUUGACGAUGGGACGACAAGGAAAUAAUGGGUUCUGGGAAUUUUUGCUGGGCGCUGCUGGUUUGAUUGGUUUUUUUUCUGUCUCUUUCUUUGGAUGGUAGCUCCUGCUUUGCUUUUCAUCAUUACGACCUUACUGUCACUGUUUUUUGUUUAUUCACAAUGUCCAUUUCAAUAGGUAUUUGGAUUGAA